AUGACUUCGAAGAGGGUGAUUUCAGAAGGCACGCUCCGAGGUACAGCAGGGAGAACUUCCCCUAAGAAUCUAAAGCUGGUACAGGCAUUGCAGGAAGUUGCGACGAAGAAGGAUUGCACUGCUGGACAGUUGAGCCUGGCUUGGUUGCUGGCACAAGGCCCCGAUAUCAUCCCUAUUCCAGGAACGAAGAAGAUCAAGUAUCUCGAAGAAAACGUCAGUGCCAUCAAUGUGCAGCUCACAGACAACGAAGUCAAGCACAUACGCGCGGAAAUAGAGAGGGUUGAGGUAACUGGGGACAGAUACCCACCAGCGUUCCAGUCGUACUCUUUCGGGGAUACGCCUGAACUCAGCCCCUAG